CGAUCGCUGGCCUAUCAAAAUUACACUGGCUCUGCUAGCUAGUGUUACUAGCUGCUGGGAUAAUCUGGGAGCCAAGCAACUGAGCUGAGCAAGGGAUUUCUAAAUCUAAUCUUACUCUUGUAAGCAGGAUCAGGACUGACGUCGUUAGAUGCAGUUUCAUGAAGCCCGAUUGUAAUUUACCAAAUGAUGGAAUAAGAGCUAGCUGUGGAUUUCGGCGCACUGGAUUUCUCCGGGGGAUUUCUUCAGGAAAUUGAGAGCUGCAGAUUUCCACUUGGACAUCUGACAGGCAUCCCACCAUGGCUGAUGAUGGCAAUACUGGGGAGGGGGCUCAGUUAGUAGGAGAUCCUAGAACAGCACCAGGCCAAGGAGAUAAAGCGAGCAAGAAAGACGUUGACUGGGGCAGGUUUGGGCUGAGCGAUGAAAGCCAUGCCAAGUCCUAUACAGAAAGCACAUUGACAGGAUAUGGUGGAGAUGGUGGUUACCAGCAGGGGGAGGGUGGACAAAAGAUUCAAGAGCUCUUUGAUGAACAGCAGGCUGGGCAGAGCAGUCAUAGCCAAACACCAUGGUGGAAGGCAAACUUCUUCGUGAGGGAACCUGUCCUCUUUGGAACAUGGGAUGGCGUCUUCACGUCCUGUAUGAUCAACAUCUUUGGUGUGGUCAUCUUCCUUCGGACAGGCUGGAUGGUGGGUAACGCUGGAGUAGGACUGUCGAUUCUAAUCAUCCUCAUGACUGUGGCAGUAGCUCUUGUCUCGUCGUUGGCAGCCAUCGGGGUCUGUGAGAGAUGUAAGAUGGAGAGCGGGGGCAUCUAUUUUCUCUUGUCCCACGUCCUGGGGGCUAGGAUGGGGGCAACGCUUGGAAUCCUUUAUUCCUUUGGGCAGACUGUAGCCUGCUCACUAUACUGUACAGGUUUUGGGGAGUCUGUUGCCAAGACCUUUGGCUGGGACAACGCCUGGGCCGUCAGGGGCGUUGGGAUCGCGGUCAUCUUGCUUCUACUGGCCAUUAAUAUUGCAGGGGUCAAAUGGGUCAUCAAGAUGCAGCUCCUCCUUCUGGCCGUCUUGGGCGUUGCUACUCUGGACUUCCUAGUUGGGACAGUAGCUCAUACUGACAAAGCAAAUGGUUUUGUAGGCUACAACCGCGCCGCCUUCCAUAACAACACUGGCGCUGACUACCUACCAGGUGAAAAUUUCUUCACGGUGUUUGGUGUAUUCUUCCCAACUGCCACUGGAGUGAUGGCAGGCAUCAAUAUGAGCGGAGAUUUACGUGAACCGCACAAGAGUAUCCCCAAGGGAACCCUAUCAGCUCUUGGUGUGACAGCCGUCCUGUAUCUUCUCUUCGCCAUGCUUCUAGGGGCAACAUGUAUGAGGGAUUUCCUGCAGACAGAUUACAUGAUAGCAGAGACAGUGUCACUAGUGGGAUUCCUAUGGCUUCUUGGGCUGUACAUCUCGUCUUUGUCAUCAUGUUUAGGAGGGCUUUAUGGAGCACCCAGAAUACUCCAGUGUAUAGCUAACGAGAACGUAAUACCCAUCAUUAAAUUCCUGGGCCAUGGGAAAGGGCCAAAUAAAGAGCCUAUCAUAGCCCAGCUCCUUGUGUGUUUCAUAGCUAUCCUCUUCAUCUUCAUCGGUCAAGUCAACUAUCUUGGUCCUAUUGUAACCAUGCCUUUCCUCCUCUCCUAUGCCGGUAUCGACUACGCCUACUUCUCCCUGGCCAUGAGCUUCGACCGCGUCGGCGGCGAGCCCGGGAAGGAGAAGGACAGCCUCCUCUCCCACGUCAUCGACAAGAAUCGACAGGAUGGCACUUCCUACGGCGCCCUCGUCAACGAACCCGAUGAUGAUUCGAACCGCAGGGACUCGCUCUCAGAAUUCAAACAGGACAUCGAGAAGGCAGAAAAGGCAUUUGGAGUUUCAAAUGAAAGGAAAGAGGACGGUCAAGAGAAGAAUUCAGUUGAGAAUGGAGGAAAUAAGUAUGGAGGUGUGGUUGGGAUCAGUGAUAAGGAGUCCCUUAUUGAUUCACAAAAUAGAGGGGAUUCCAAAGGUCCAUUCAGUACAGAGAUAACUCGCAUGCCCCCAUCAUGGUAUUCAAGAUUCUGUAACAGAUGGGUCUCCCUUAUAGGUGCUUUAAUAUCUGUUGCAAUCAUGUUUGCCAUCCAAUGGGGCUAUGCUCUUGCCAACGUGUGCGUAUACUUAAUCAUCUACAUCUAUAUUGGCCAGGCUAACCCGGGAGUAAAACCGGGCGUGGCCGACUUCCAGUUUUUCAGGUGGAUAAAAUCCCUGUUCCAGAGGCUUCUCAGACGGUCAUCACCCACCACUGAGCACAUGGUCAUCCCGUCACAGAAUUUCGCUCCCAAGAUGACCACGGAACAACUGACAGAGGAUAAUGAAGACUUUGCCUCUAGAGGGCGCUAUCACCAGUCCAUGAUGAACCAGACGAACUUGGAGGAUUACGAGUAUGUCAAUAAAUAAGCACGAGGGGCUCUGAAGGGAGAAUUAUCAAUGCGGACGACAUACAGAGAAAUGUUAUAUAUGUAGCACAGGAGUGAUGAUGCAUUUGUGUAGCUCUUUUUGUCCCAUUGUACAUGCCAACCAUUCUAAGAAAUGGUGUAUUAUGGUAGAACAUGACCUUUGACCUGGUGAACAAGGAUAUAAUAGAGAUCGGUAUUCCUUAUUUAAAACAAGACUUGAACCCUGUGACAAAGGUUCCCACAAUGCAAAUUCACUCUGUAUUUUAGCUGACACCAAAUGUUAAACUUGUCAUAGACAGUGAUAAUAUAAUGUAUUUUUAGCAAAGAAAUGUAUUCUUUUUCUUGUGUGAAUGUAUUGUUGUUGACAUAUUGUACUCUUGCCAUGUACUAUUGUAAUCAUUAAUUUAUUUAUUCCAAGAACAAGUACUGGGUAGGUACUUUAUGUUAGUUUAGAUUGUUUUAAUGUGUUUCAAAAAAUUAUUGUAUUCAGAGAUGGUCACAUAGGGCAGUUUCAAAAGGAAAACAUUAUCAGUGAUAGUUUAUUUUUUAAGAAUAAACAUGAUAUCGAUAAGAUCUUGAUAAGAUAUUUCAGAGAUCAGCUUAGCUGAGAACUGUUUAAAAACAAGACUGUGUAAUUAUGCCAUGUAUUUUGCAUACAACAAUUAUACCUUUGUAUUUUGUGUGUUAUACCUGAAUAAUCAAAUUAAUCAAGAAUCAGUGAUAUGCAUAAGAAAUUCAGGACAUGAAAAUGUGUAGGGAUACUUGGAAGUGAAGCAGGUGUCGUACUAUAGCCAACGCUUGAAAUAUAAAGAAUUAGAAACACAUUGUUGCUCAAGUCCUUUACUCUUGCAUAUUUUAUUUAUUUCAUUCACUGUGAUAUAUGAAUGGUAGUUUGCUGUGUUUAUUUGUUUCGGUUUUUUAGCCAGCUGUGACAUUUAAUUCAACCGUUAAAGUCCAAAUAAUCCCAAGAUUAAAAUUGUCAGAGUUAGUUUACAAAAAGCAGUGCUGCACCAGCCCGAGUUUGCUCAAUCUGGAAAUUUUAGCCUGAUGGGCCCUCUUCGCAAUUAAUCUAGAGAUACAAGAAACCCUGUCUCCACCAUCGCAAGAAGAGCGACUCAUGCUUGAAUGAGGCACCCAUGCAUUAUGGUCUGAUGCCGCCAAUAAAUAAUUCCGAGUGCGUCUGCACCUGCGAAUUAGCAGGAUAAUUAGUAGAAUAGCGUGUUAUUUUGCAAAUAAUCCCAAGUUUGGAUUGCAAUCUCGAGAUUAGUCCUACAAACUAGCGUGAUAAUUGAGUCUCCAUUACAAAUAAUCUCCAGAUUGUUCAGAUCAAGAUAAUUUGCCAGAUCAAAAAUAGAGCGCUAAUUUGAAAACUCGGGCUGGUGCAGACGGCCCUAAAUGGCUGUGGGUUUUAAUUUCUAGCCAUGGCCGAUUGUCCUUGAAGAAACUUACCCACAUGGUGCAGCACCCAACCCAGAUUUAUGAGAGAAAAUGUCUUGUCUGGUUUAUAUGUAAGCUUCACAGGUUGUAGAGAAGGUUUAUUCUUUAUAAUAAAUUUUGUUUAUGCUCUGUAUGAGAUUUCUAUGUAAAAUAAAUGGAUGCUGAAAUGAAUACCUUAUAAUUUGCACCUGCAUUGAAUUAGUAAAUUACCAUCCUUAUAUUUUACAUUGUACUACUUUUCACGAAUAUGUCUAAAUCUAUGCUGAGUCAUUAUUCCCUUCAUAUUUAACUAUAUAUCGUGAAAUACAUUUGUCCUAAUAUGUGUAGAUAUUAUGUACUUAUUCCUUAUCUUCUAAUAUUGGCUAUUAAAUGUAAUAGAAAUAUCAAACAUUCCUUUUAUUUUGCUUUAAAAACCUGUAUGUAAAGAGCAAAGAGAGCAUUGACAAGAAUGAAAUACUUUCAAUGAGUGAUUUAUCAGUCGUAUUCAUUGCAAUCAGAUAAAUUCUAUUUUUAUUACAAGAGAGAUACUGCCAUUUCAGACUAUAAUUUCUGUUCAAAUUUCACGGACAAUUCCUUCAUAUAUGUGUCUGAGGAUAGUAAUUGCAUUUGGAAAUAUAAUUAAAAGAUGAAAUUGUAUGAUUUUAAACUAGUUUUACAAUUAUUGGACAGCUAAUUUGUUUUUGGUUUUACUUGUGCAAUGUUAUUGUAUGAAUUUGUUUUUCCCAAGUUGAUUUUUUGCUGUGCAUACAUGUAGUAACUUUAGAAACAAGUGUUGGGAGUUCAAUAAAUCAGUAUAUGAACAAUUUCUUAAAAAAAAUUAUUAUAAUAUACAAUAGAAAUUAAAUUUGUGUUGGCAGUUCAAUAAAUCAAUAUAUU